ACUUGAUUCCAUAGUUUUAUCUGUUGACAUGAAAAAGGAAAAGUCUCGCAAGGUUUUAGAAUGAUAUUUGCAUAACAGCGUGUAAGAUGGAGAGAAGAAAUUCCCUCCUCUACCACUGCGCUGCAUUCAAACCAUUCUACAUCAGCCAAUCCGACACCACCAUCGCCUUUUUUAAAUAAUAUAAUUGUUGUUUAUUCUCGGCGUAUUGCGGUGUUUCAUAUUUGCUCCAUUUUUAAACAAAUUUGCCUCACUCGGCAGUACACAGCAUGACCCGAGUUAGACAUCAGUUCAGGUUUCCGUCAAAACGAGGCGGCUAUAGACGGAGUAAACGAACACGAGGCAAUCUUGACGACCAUGUUGAAUUGAACCAUGUUGAUGCUGGGAAAAAGGGACGAACAUUGAAUAUACAGAAAUGCCUAAGGUUAGAGUGGAAAAGAAGACAAGAGUGCACAAUGAAGUUGUUAAGCAAGGUAUACAGUUCAACACAGAGAUUGGACAACAUAUUCUCAAAAACCCCCUUGUUGUCAACGGAAUAAUUGAAAAGGCUGCAAUUAAAAGCACUGAUACAGUUCUUGAGAUUGGCCCUGGAACUGGAAACAUGACUGUGAAAAUUCUGGAUAAAGCUAAAAAGGUGAUUGCGUGUGAGUUAGAUCCAAGAAUGGCAGCUGAAUUGCAGAAAAGGGUUCAAGGAACCCAACAAGCUUCAAAGCUGCAAGUGAUCGUGGGCGAUGUGUUGAAAACGGAACUACCGUAUUUUGAUUGCUGUGUAGCAAAUUUGCCAUACCAGGUAACAUACAUACAUGUCAACACCCGAGUAAAAGUCACGUGAUGCCCACGAACGAGU